ACCAGGGACCACAUGACCACACCCGGAAGUAAACUAUCUCGAACAGAAAGCACAGUUUCUGUGUGAAAUAGUACCAGAAACAACGUACCGAGCAUUGCACCAGCUUUACUGAUUUAACAUUGAAAGCACCAGAAUGAGCCAGGAGUGUGCCAGAAAGCUACAAACCUCUACAAAGGAAAAACUCAGGAAACUAAACUCUCUGCGUGGUCGAGAGGUGCAACCCGGGGAGUUUUGGGACGUAGUGGUUAUAACAGCUGUGGAUGGAAGCCAGAGAGAAGCGUAUGAGCUGCAGAUCAGCGAGAAAUUGGACAGAAAGGAGCUUCCUCUGGGAACUCACUAUAAGGUCUUCUCGGAUCCUCCAGGAUCCAAAAUAGGGAAUGGAGGCUCCACUCUGUACGCUCUGCAGCAACUGAAUGACAUCUAUGGAAAGGCUCUGAACACAAUGAGAGUAAUCCUGAUCCAUGCAGGUGGUUUCAGUCAGCGUCUACCCAGUGCUAGCGCUCUGGGAAAAAUCUUUAUGGCUGUUCCAUUGGGUGACCCCAUCUACCAGAUGCUGGAACUGAAACUAGCCAUGUAUGUGGAUUUCCCUUCACAAAUGAAGCCAGGCAUCCUGGUGACCUGCGCUGAUGACAUAGAGCUCUAUAGUAUUGCUGAGGAAGAAAGUGUGAAGUUUGACAAACCUGGCUUCACAGCUUUAGCCCACCCAUCCCCACUCUCCGUUGGAACUACCCAUGGGGUGUUUGUGCUGCAUCCACAUGAAAAGUCCUCUUACCCUGAAAUGGAGAAUGUUUCCUGUCUGCAUUUCCUACACAAGCCAAGUAUUGAUAAGAUGCGAGAAAGUGGAGCUGUUUGUAAGAGGAAAAGUGGACAGUUUUCUGUGUCUGAUAGUGAAUUUGUUUACACUGACAGCACAUAUUAUAUUGACUUUGAUACUGCAAAGUCUCUUCUGAUCCUGCUGAAAGAGUUAGGACCUUUAGACUGUGAGAUAGAUGCAUAUGGGGAUUUUCUUCAGGCACUGGGGCCUAAAGCCACAAUAGAGUACACCAACAACACGGCUAAUGUCACCAAAGAGGAGAGCAGCCUGGUCAAAAUCCGUCAAAAGAUCUUCCAUCUUCUCAAAGGGACUCCCCUUAAUGUCAUUCUACUGAAUAACUCCAAGUUUUAUCACAUUGGAACCACCUCUGAGUACCUCCUCCACCUGACUGAGGAUGAGGUGCUGAGAAAAGAACUGGGUCUCCUAUCAUCCACCUUCAGUGCACGUGUCAAUGGAAACUCUGAGAGCGCAUCUGGCUGCUGCGUUAUGUACAGUGUCCUUGAUCCCUGUUGCUCUGUGGGAGCUGGAUCAGUGGUGGAGUACUCCAGACUGGGAGUGGGGGUUACUGUUGGUGGAGGCUCCAUCAUCAGCAGCUGCUGGGUCAGUCCAGGCCUCUCAGUGCCAGCUGGAACCUUCAUACACUCGCUUUGUGUGAAACACCAGAACCAAACCAGGUUUGUUACCGUCUUCUUUGGAAUUAAGGACAACUUGAAGCACAGUGUGGAAGCCCCUGCAUCCAUGGAAGAGUUGAAGUUUUUGGGGUUCAGUCUGGUACAGUGUCUGUCUAACUGGGGAAUGGAGAAUGAAGUCUUGAGAUUCUCUGGUGAUGCAUCCACCUGUAGCUUGUGGAACGCUUGUUUGUUUCCCGUUUGCUCCAGUCAGGAAAGCUCAUUCUCAAUAUCUCUUGAGAUGCUGCAGGCCAUCAUUGGUGGCUCUACAAGCCCUCUGCCCAAAGACACACAUCUAAUGUCAAUGCAAGAGUGUUUACAAUGUAAGAACCUGGAGGAAAUGUUGAUGCUCAGGAAGAGACUACAUGAUGACAUCACACAGAGGAGAGUGAUGGAUUAAAACGAUGUUCAGUACUGUGCAGAAAUCUAGAGAGUCUGCAUUUUAUAUAUAUUGCCAGGAUAACAUAUAUAUAUAAAUACAGUAAAAACGGUAAUAUUUGGUUUGUCCAAAUUCUUUAACACUUCAUCCUUUAGACAAGCUUUAUUGUCAUUUCUUUAAGUAGUCUUCUUCAGGAAUAGUCCCCAAGGCUUAUCAAAGGACAUGUAAUAUAUCUUCUUUGUAUAUUUUCUGCCCUUGUUUCUUUUCUCUUGUCAGGAUGAUCCCACACUGCUUUAAUAAUGUUUAAGUUUCAGUUCUAAUGAGGAUUAAUCACUUCAUAAGAUCUGUUGCUACAGAUUUUACAGUCAGUUUGUAUAUUGUUUGGCAUAACUCAGUCUUUUUUUCUCAGUUUGCCUUCCUUAAGAAAAAACCUCUUGACAGCCAACCUAUAUUUAGACCAUUGCUGAUGAGGCUUGGUCCAAUAGUAGAAAGAUCAGAUAAGGAUCCAGAUGCAGCUCUGAGGUUGGAAUUUCUUUCUCUUUAUGUACUUUUUCAGGCUUACACCCUCUUCCUUUGUUUACUUGUCCAAUUUCCUCAUACAAACUUCAUAUUAUACUGAGGUAUGUCAAGUUUCCCCAUCAACUUAUUAGUGUAAAAUACAAUUUUAUGUUUGCCAAACUUUUUGAUCUUUGGUAUUUUCUAAAGGUGCAGCUUGUAUGCUUCUAACAAAGCACCUGAAAGCACCAUUAAAAAUGGGACUUUUGUAAAGUUUUCUAUUAUGUGUAGUCACAGCACUGGUCCUUCCCUGGAGUUAGAUGCUUUUUACUUGAUUAGUUAAUAGGUCAGUCUUAAUUUGCUUAAAACCCAAAAUGUACAUUUCUCUGAAAAUGGUUGGGUACAAGGAUCGGACUGAAAGUGAAUGAGAAGCAGCCACUAUUCCCAGAAAAAAAACUUUAGAAAGUUGUUAAGAUCACUUUAAAAGGUAAUAAGAAAGUCUGGCUUGUAAGGAGCAAAGUAUGAAAAGAAAAGAAAAAAAAAACCGGAUGAGUCAAGAUUUACAUAAUACUGUAUUCAGACAUUUGGAUAAUUUCUUCA